CACCCACCUCCAUCCCUGUCCAGUCUUAUCUUUCACAUCCGCAAAUCGCUCUUGCUCCUGCACACGAAUCCUUCCAGCCGCAUAUUCUAGCAGUGGACGGGAUGACCGCAUUACGUCUUUCUAAAACUAGCAGGUCGAGCUUUAGUAUAAUUGCCAGGAAGCGCUGCUGUUAUUUUUUUCUCCGGCAACGUGACCUUCAAGAUUUUAGGCGGCUGGAAUUCCGGCGCGUAGCCUUCGCUCGUGAUGGAACUGGCGAGGAGAGGACCAGUAGGACCACGAGGUUGCAGUAGCUCGCCUCCGGGAGUAAGUCAGAGUCGCCGAGUGGAGGGCGGUCAGUUAGACAUACAGGAGGAGGAGAAGAAUGAGUUAUUGGCGAUUUCAGAAGAGGGGAUAGGCCAGAAGGACCCUGAUUCGAGACUUAGCCUGCUGAUCGAGCAACAGAGGCCUAAUUGUUGUAAAGAUGCCACUGACGGUUAUGGUAGCACUAGGAGCUUGUCGAAACUUCUUAUCCAGGGAAUUGAUUCUGCUAAUUUCCCGUACUGUUGGGUGCUCGUUGGUCUCCUACUGACGAUGCUGAUUCUCCUAGGACAGUUCUCCCUUAACUCAGCUUCCAGGAAUUUCCACUUCAUUGCUUUCAAUGGAUUCUCUAGCGAGCUAACAGCUGCGUCGUCGAAUUUCUCUCACGAGUCGUUAGGCUUGACUCCUCAGCAGAAUUCAAGCUCGUCCGACGAACCUGCCAAUCUAAUCACAGCACCGUCGUCUUUCAGUGAUUCGUUAGGAGAUGACCGGUUAGAUACCGCUGUUUUGCAGCGCGAACAGGAACUGUUGCGGCUCUGGGGAGAGCUGCUUCGGCCGGGAUCACCGUACGCGCGUCUAAGCGGCGACGCGAGCGGUGCUACUAGCUUUCUAAGCUCCAGCGGUGCUGCGACCUAUGUUGAUGCUGAUGCCAGCCACCCAGAAGCUAGCGACAUUAGCAGCAACGGGACCCUUAACAUAACACUGAAUAGCGACAGUUCGGCAGGUCAGCCUGAGGGAUUAAAACCGCAACAGCAGCAGCAACGGCAGUUAAAGCAGAAGAAGAAGCAGCAGCAGCAACCGCCUGCCAGCCGAGCGCCUCUCCCUCCCCACCUGGUGAACUGCGAGGUUAUGGUCGAUGCGGCGUACGAGUAUGAGCGAUUCAGACACGGCCGGCAUGGGAUGGAGGACAUUCCAUGGGCCCGGGUGCGAGAGAGAGCAAGGGAAUCCGUCAGGGGGUCGCUUCCAGGGCAGAAGCAGGAGAGUAUGAGUCAAGCGAGACGGCCGUUGUUCGAUGGGAAGGGGGAGGGUCAGGAAAAGGGGAGGACGCAGAGGGGGGGAGUGGUGGAGGGACCGUAUCCUCCAUGGGUGGUUGGGGCGGACGAGGAGAACUACCCUCUGACUCGCCGAGUGCAGCGAGACAUCUGGCUGCACCAACACCCCCAGAACUGCUCCGACCCAUCUGUCAAGUUCCUCUACGCCACGUUCGUUCCUCAGUCCAAGUAUGGCAUUGGCGCGCAGCUCUCCAACGUAGCGGGGGCGCUGGCCCUGGCGGUGGGGUCGGGGCGGGUGCUGGUGCUGGGGAAGUUCGAGCGCGCCAAACACAGGGGGUGCGUGAAGCGGGACCACGGGCGCUGGCAGUGCUUCUUUGCCCCGGAAACCAGUGACGCAUGCAGAAGGCAAGCCCACAACCUUAUGUCCGAGGAGCAGCAAGGGCAAACAGACCAACCGCUUCCUGCUACAGCCGCAGAAUCAGAUCUUGAGGCCGGAUCCAAUCUUGCAGCAGAGUCAGACGUGCACUCGGACCUGCGUUUGGUGCGGUGCCGCACUCUGCCCAAGGAUCUCGUGUGGUUCCCCCCGGUUCCCUCGCUGUGGGGGGAGCCGUGGCAGCGCAUCCCUGCUGUGAUGGAGAUCAACGGGCACAUGAGGGGCGCCACAAAGACUGGCAACAAGGACCGCUGGUGGAGGGCGCAGGCGUGGAGGUACCUCAUGCGCUCGCCCUCGCGGUACCUCUGCGCCAUCAUCAACCGGGCCAGGCACGCUGCCUUCGGUCCAAUGGCAGCUCGCCAGGUGGCACAUGCAGAAGCUGCACUUGCUGACGCAGAGAAGCUGGGCUUUUCCGCAAGCUCUCAGGUUUCUGGCCUUGCGCAGUGCAUUCCUCUGAACUCCAAGUCAGCCGCGUGGGUGCCGCGGCCGCUGGUGAGCAUGCACGUGCGCAUGGGGGACAAGGCGAGGGAGAUGCGCAUGGCGGGAUUUGAGGCGUACCUGCAUCUGCUCUCAAGGGUGCGGCACUUCGACCCCUCUGCUAGGACAGUCUGGCUCAGCACAGAAAUGCAGCCGGUUGUUGAACAAGCACUUCGUAUUCCUGGAUGGAACUGGAAAGUCACCAGCAUACCUCGGAUGCAAGGAAAAGAGAGCAUGCCUGCUUUUGAGGCCCGGAUCGGUGCACAACGCAGCGUUGAGAAUGCUUGGGUUAAUCUACUUAUGGCAGCUGAGGCUGAUUAUUUCAUAGGUGCUCUUGGCUCGACGUGGUCCAUGAUGAUUGAUGGCUUGCGGUGUACAGGAGGCAAAAUGCUUGCCGGUUUUUUAAGCACAUCAAGAGACAGGCAUUGGUAGUGUGGGCCAGCUUCCAUGUCAAUGUGGGCACAUCAUAUAAUAUUUUCAUCUCACCAG